CGGUACUACUUCGACAUUCGACAAGUAAGAUGGCGGCUAUUAAUGUGAAAGGCGAAACGUUGUCGUAUUUCCACUUGUAAAUAAAGUAUUCGCUUCCAUGAAACUUAAUUAUAGUUAAAACUAAGAAAGGAAGUUUAGUUGCAAAGUGUAUAUUAUUCAGUGAUUAGUUAUAUGUAUUGAAUAACAGAGUUUAAGUGGUUUUUAAUUUCACAAUAGACAAAACCCGUCGCAAGAGAACCUGAAGAUUCGUCGAGGCCAUAUUUACGAUGUUAUCUGUCGUGUGAGCGUCCUCUGAAACCACAUUGAUAAAUGGUUAUUCAAAACUAAUGCGAUGGGGUGUCAUUUGGACGAAGAAUAAUUUAGUUAUUCAUUAUGACUGCAAGUGCUCCGAUUUAGUGGUAAUAAAUAUAUGAUUAGUGUUUAUUACAAACUAUGGAUGAAAGUGUGGACUACUGUUGAUAAAUUACAUACAUUGACACUACACAAAGCAACACGGAGGUGGUAAUGGAUCCAGUAGGACCAUGGUCAGCAUAUGCUUCGUACAAUCGACUGGCAGGGGUACAAGCUGGUGCUGCGAGUGGGGACUUUCAUCACCAUCUGGCCAGUGGUGGUACUGGAUUGGGCAGCCAGCCUGUGCCGUCGACGACGAGUCAAUUGCUCCUGCAGGCAGCUCACACCACUGCAUCACUAGCAGGCCAGCUAGGCUCGACGACUGCAUCACCGUUUAAUCCUGGUGGAUUUCUCUCUCCCCCGCCCGUGGGAUAUGAUGCUGUAUUCUCACCUUUGUUUCAUCAUGCAAAUCCGAAACCUGCACACUAUAGUUCAUCCCUUCAGGCCCAACAUCGUCAAGUGAUAGCACAGGCUCAAGCUGCUCAGGCCCAAGCUGCUGCUUCGAAACAAUCCUCAGUGGAAACUGAAAUUUCUUCACUCAGAGAAAACUAUUCGCACCAGGCACUAGCUACGCAAGGAACAUCAUUUUUUGAUCAAUCUGCGACCCCAGGUAGCACAGCAGGAUUAAGCUGGCAAGGAAAUAACCAGCUCCCUAGUCCAUUUGGAAUCCUACCUCAUGAAAGUGUGGUGCCUUCUUCUCCGAGUCCAGCUACAACUAAAGCAUCAGCAACAUAUGAAAACUUCAAUGCUCACUUUGCUGCUGCACAAACUCUCAACAAUCACAUCAACGCACAAAUCUCUAGCGCCGGUAAACAGAGCAAUAGGUCGGGCUCACCAGCGACAGCAUCCAAACAACCGGCCUCGUCUACUUCAUCGUCAUCAUUUUUUCAAUCUCCUUCAUCUUUUGGCAACCAGGCUGAUAAUUCGUACAGCACAAGUAGUGCAAAGAGUGGUCAACUAUCAUCACAGCAGGAUUAUGCUGGAAGUAAGUCAUAUUCAAGUUCUGCAAGUAACCCUUCCCAGCAAUCUUGUAUUGUGUCAACUCCAUCUGUGACAACCGCCUCCACCCCUCCCAGCAAAGACUACCGCUCAUCCUCUACCACCUCCACCAGACCUUCCGCUUCAAUCUACAGCUCCCAGUCACCUAAAACUGCUAGCAUUGAGAAGGCAACUUCCAACAACAGUAGUGGGUUUGUUUCUCCAACAUCUAAAGCACCACAAAUACAGACUAAAGCUCAAAGUAAAAUAUACCCAGAGUUAGGUAGUGAAUCUAGAAAGAGUUGUGAAUCUAUAGAUAAACUUCAACCUCAGUCAUCCCCCAUAAGUUAUUCUAUAAUGGACGCCCCAGGCAGAAUGAAUUACAGUGGCAGUGGCUCUUCCAAGCCAAACAGAAUUGGUAACUCUCAGUACGCAUCAUCACAAAGUUCUAGUUUCAGGCAUUACCAAAGUGGUAACAAUGUGGACUCAGAGUACCAUGUUCGUGCUAAAAGCAGCUCUAGUACAGACACAGGUUAUUCUAGUAGUAGCUCUCAAAAUGGUCCUGAUUGUGGUGUUGUUGUGGCACGGAGGCAAAGUCCAUUGCAAUCUGCCCCACAGACUUCCCCGUUAGGACACGGUUCUAGUCCUGCAUACCCCAUGUACCACAGUCCUAUGAACUCUACUAACUCACCACAGCAACACGGAGAUCACUACAGCAAAGUAAAUAGCAAUGCUCCUAGGUCACCACUAGAUGCUUCUGUUUCUAGGCCACCUUCACAGAAUAGUCAGGUGGCCUAUCCCUCUGUCAUCACAAGAGCUUUAGGCAUUGAACAAAGUAAAUCGUAUAGUGAAAAUAGGUAUGAGCGUAGUCAGAGUCACACCAACCAAAGCUGUUGGGAGUCUGAACGACAAUCUGCCAGAAAAUAUAAUAGUAAUGGUAAUAGUAAUAGUAACAGCUCUAGUAAUUUUAACAAUGGCCUAAACGAAAAUUCUCACACUGAAAAAACCACAUCACAAACCUCUAGCGAUAGAAAUUUAUCUGAUAAACAUUAUAUUGACGGGAGUAAUGUAGCUUUACAAGAUUUAUCUAGUUGUCGUGGUGAUCCAAUGAGUAUCGUAAAAAACUUACAAACCUUACAGCAAAGUUGCCAAUUACAAGAAGUUAAGCAACCGAAAACCACUACCCCCGCCCCUGCCCCUGCCCCUGCCGCGCCACCACCCCCGGCGCCCGCCCCGCCGGUGCCCACCAAGUCUGUCGCCAGACGCAAAAGUACCGAGAAAUCGUCUCACACUAAUAUGAAUGAACUUUCAAACGCUGCCGUGAUGGCUGACUAUUUGGCAAACAGAAUUCCACCCCCAGCUCACAGUUCAACCAGUAACCAACAACAAAAUGGGUAUUUCGAUUUCGAACGUUGGAAUCUUCCGCCUCCGCCCCCCAAAAUGUUUUCUGGUACAUCCGCCUUCGGCUCGCAAGCGCCAUUGCACGCGACGAGCUUUGCCAACCAACACCAAGCUCUAGCCAUGCAACACGGUCACGCCCUCACCUACUUCCCGCCGUUCCACCUCGGUCCUCAUCCCGACUUCCAGUCUUCAGUGGAGUUAACACCGUUGUCUUCGUUCAGCGAUACGCCACCUUCGGCUUCCUCGUCAUCUUUUUCGACGCCUGAAACUCGUGAAGAGGAACAGCCAAAGGUGGUAGUGCCCAAUAUAGAAGAAGAACUUGGUUUCCUUGCAGAACAACGAGCUAAUACUGCAUCGACGGUAGCACCCACUUCUCAGCAGACGAGCAUUAACAGUACUUCACAAGAUUCGAAAGUCAUGGAUAAAAAGUUCAAUGUCCCCGUCACGGGCCCCGGUUCGGGAUUCAUGGCUUCUUAUCUAAAGUUCUUGCAAGGCGAGCGCGACACUUCCCCCCCGCCGGCCGGCAGAGGCGCCCGAAAGUCGACGUGGUCGCGAACGAACACCAACAGUACCGCCAACAACAAGGCGUACCCUGAGCACAAGAGCCCGUGCGAGGCCAACAGCGCCAACGGGGCCAUGGCGCCCACGGGCAUGGCGCUGGGCGCCCCCGGCAUGGGCGCGCCCGGCAUGAGCGCGCCGGGCCUGCUGGGCGCCGGGCAGCCGCACGCGUCGGCGCACCUCCUCGGCGCGCAGGCGAAGGGCGCGGAGCUCGAGGACCCGCGAUACUACAAUCUCAACAAAGACCGGAAACGAAAGUACGACGGGUCGGAGGAGGGCGCGUACGACGCGGACGAGGAGGCGCGGCGGCUGCACAAGCCCGUGCUCAACGUGCCCAGCACGCCGCUGAGCGACAAAGGUAAGAAGCGGCCGCCCAGCAAGCCGCCCGCGGCCGUGGCGCCCCUGCCGGCCGCGCCCAGGAAGCCGCGCGCGCCGCCGCCCGCGCCGCUGCAGGUCGCGCCGCAGCAGCAAUACUAUUACCAACACCAGCCCGAGGAAGUUUCUGCGCACUCGACAAGCUUGGGUUACGGCGUAUAUGGCUCCACAGAGAACGAAGCUAGCUCUAACAGGAAAUUGCAUCACAUCAAAUCACAUCAACACGUCUCCAGAUCUGGGCAGAUAGAUAAUAAUGCAUCCAUUGAAGAAAUGCCAUAUCAGUCGGGAGAGUUUGUCGCAAUAAAAACCGACUUGAACGAGAUGUGGCCGGCGAUAUGGAGAGUGGACGGCAAAGCGUUGUUGCAAAAGUACGAACCUUUUGAAGAGAACGGAAAAGUAUUAUAUAGAAAUAUAUCAACGUACGCAGCAUGGAAUCCUGAAAAUAAGAAACUAUACACACAAGUUCCAGUAAAGGUCCGAUCACAAUCUCACUUAGAAACAAUAGUCGAAUUAGUAAGAAGCGAAUUACCCUUGGACGACUGUAACUUUAUAGAGAAACGAAUGUUAGAAACACAAAUGUAUCAAGAAAAUUUCGAAGUGUACAUACAAACAUUAAUAUCACACGCAUUGGAUCCCAACUUUUUGACGGAAAUAUUUCAAGAGCAAGACGAGUACUUCCUGUCCAACGUGAAGACGGUGGACGAGGUGACGGAGACGAUGCGCUCGCGCGUGUCGUCGGGCGGCGGCGGCGGCGGCGCGCGCGCGCUGGACGCGGCGCUCGGCACGUGGCCCGGCCUCAGCGUGGCGGCCGGCUCGGGCGUGUGCCGCGCCUGCUCGCGCCCGGCCGUGGCGCGCCUGCUGCUGUACGGCCAGCCCUACAACCCCGGCACGCUGGAGCCCGUGCAGCCGGACGCCAGACUGGCCUAUGAGAAGGAGUUCCUGGUGUGCGCGUCGUGCUGCGGGCGCGUGCAGCUGUACUCGCGGAUAUCGCACCAGAAGUACCUCAUGUACGCGGAGUGCAGCAAGCGCGUCACCGAGAAGCGCAUGCAGAACCCCGGCAAAGACACCACCGUGAUACUCAACGAGCUGCUGGCGGACGAGGUGUGGCUGUCGCAGCUAUUCCGCGACGUGCGCCACAGCUGGGCCGACGCGGAGGCGUGGGAGCGCAAGACGCGCCACUCCAUGGCCCGCCAGAUGAUAUAACGCCUUUUUAUACCUGUCAAAUGUCAAAUAUGUGCUGUAUGUAUGUCAUUUUUUGAAGAUAUUUUUUUAAAUUCUACAUUUAAGCAUUUAAAAUAUUUUGUAUUCGGAACGGAUGUGUCUACAGUUUCAAAUUGCUCUGCCACUCUGAAGACCUCACACCCAGUUACGCGACUUGUAUUAAAAUUGCGGAAAAAUAAAAAUUGUCGUCAUGUUGCGGAAAAAGAACACAUUUCUUAUAUUAGUAUGGUGUUUCAAUAAAAGCGUGUUUAUAUUUCAGCCGGUCUAGCAAUGUUACAAAUUUAUUAUUUUUCUACAAUCGCUAACACUUUGAAAUUAAAAAAAUGUAUGGGAAUGAUUAUAUCUGAUUGAUUGUAAUCAACCGUUAUUACAUGACCUUAUCUAUAACGAAUAUUUUCACAUUCCCUUACAUUGUUUAAGAAGCGAUUGUAGAAACAGCCACUAUAGCCAAGUGGCACGUUGAUUCUCUUUCUACGAUCGCAAACGCUUCGAAAACUAGAAAAACGUAUAGAAAUGACAUUUUCUACCGACAGGUCACGUGUUCAAGAUCUGUCAAUCCCCUACAUUUUCUAGUUUUCGUUGUGUCGCAUUAAAAGAGGUAGUAUAAAUAUUGCUCUCUCUUUCGUUUUCGAAGCGUUUGCGAUCGUAGAAAGAGAAUCGGCGUGCCACUUGGCUACAGGGGCUGUAUCGUUAUGUAACUUGGCUAGAGAAGGCUAGUCAGGGUUUUUGGUUACUCAUUUGAACCAACUUCAAAGUGGUGAAGUUAUUUGUUGCGAACUGUGCUGUUAGUUGAUUAUUAUUAAUAUUAUUAUUGUAAUACCAGAUGAACAUCACUUAUUUAUAGUUUCUUUUUUUUACUCCAAUAAUUGUCGAAUUAUACUUGGCUGUUACUUAGUAUCAGUUGUGUACUUCGAGUGUUCAGCCUGGAGGAGGCGCCUUUGGUUGACAUAUACCUACUUUGUUAAUAUAAUAUACAUAAAUGAAAAAAAAAAUACAUAACGGAUACAAUAACUGUCUUAUUUAUAAAGCUAAGAAAUCUCGAUAGUAUUAAAAAAUAAAAUUUGUAAAAUUUUCAAGUGACUAUAUCACCAUUAUAAACGAAUUACUUAUUAUUUGUAUCCGUUCACCUAAUAAAACAUUGGGCAGUUGACUUGAAAAUAAACACUAAAACUCGAAAACGGUGAUCUGUCACAGCAAUACGGAAUAAUACGGAAGUAGUUCAAAAAGAAAAGGCAUAACUAAAAGAACAGCUGUAAAAUCAAACGAAUUUGGAUUGGAUUUGCAUUUUGCAUUGAAAAUAAUAAUUUAUCUAUUGAAAUAUCUUUAUUACAACAAAACAUAUAUAAUUAUAUAUAUAUGGAACAUGAAAAAAAUGUAGUAUUAAAGGAGACCUUAUCACUAAUAGUAAUUCUUCCAGGCUACCUAACCCGAAAGUGUACUACAUAAUGUAUGAGACAGGAAGUCACAAUAAAAAAAAAUCCCACGAAUUGAGGUCAGUUAAAAAUGCAUGAACUGACACUAAUAAUUAUUAAUUAAUUAAUUAAUUAAUGUAUGAAGUCAUAUAAAGGCUCCUCCUACUAGUGAUGGACGCUCGAGGUUUGUGUUUAUCGGUGCGGUGCCAUUUUUGCAUUAUGUGACGCAAAAAUGUAUGUAGUUUACCUGUGUAGUGCCGUCGGCGUACAUUGUCUGUUAUGGUUUGUGAUUUAGAUCGAGUAGUUUUUAUUUUAGCGUAUUAUAUACAUAGGUGAGGGACAGGGGAGUUGUUAAUAUAUUUACGUAUCCAAGAUCACAAUUUUUUUUACCGAUAGGCCUAAAAUUCGCUCUAAGAGAUAACUAUUUCAUUUUAUCUAUGAUUCUUUCGUAAUUCGCAGUAAAAGAGAUGCAUUCUAUAUAUAUGUCGUUGCGUCACAAUAAAAGAGGUAGUGUAAAUAUCGCUCUCUCAUUCGUCGCGUCGCAAUAAAAGAGGUAGUAUAAAUAUCGCUCUCUUUCGUCGCGUCGCAAUAAAAGGGGUAGUAUAAAUAUCGCUCUCUCUUUCGUCGCGUCGCAAUAAAAGAUGUAGUAUAAAUAUCGCUCUUUCGUCGCGUCGCAAUAAAAGAGGUAGUAUAAAUAUCGCUCUUUCGUCGCGUCGCAAUAAAAGAGGUAGUUUAAAUAUCGCAAUAACAGGGGUAGUAUAAAUAUUGCUCUCUCUUUCGUCGCGUCGCAAUAAAAGAUGUAGUAUAAAUAUCACUGAAACAAUAGCAUAUAAUUAUAAUAUAUUGCUCUCUCUGUCGUUGCGAUGAGGUGAAAGAGAGAAAGAUAUGAAGACAAAAUUAUCUUGUUAUCUCGUGGCGCACAUCUUAGGCCUACCAGACUUGAGUUUAGGGUGCAUUUUCAUUGGUUUGUCAAUUAGUAUAAUUAUAUGUCUCAUCGCGAUAAUGUCAAUAACUUCAGUAUUUACUAUAAAAACUGUUUGACAUAAUAAAAUAUACAAUGUUUGUUCAUAUUCGAAGUAUCAACUGACUGACAGGGACAUCCUCUAACCAUACAAAAAUACCUUUAGCUUUAAUGCAUUGGAUACUCAGACCAACUAUUGUAUAGGGCCUGCCUCGCUAGGUGUUACUUUUCUGUCAAAGUAUAUGAUCAAUGAUCUAAUGCGAUUAUAAAAGCUAUCUCUAUAGAAUCGAUGUUAAAUAGUUGUUAUCGUGUUCGUCGGUUAAAGAGCUCCGUAAAAUCACAUUUUUGUGUAGUUGAUUUAGUAUAAGAUAUACACCAAAUUUAAGCUCGUUUUCCUCAGAAAAUGACAGACAAUUUUGUCUGUGACUAUGAGUGCGAUACAGGUCCUUCUAUAAUUGGUCUGAGAUUGGAUAUAAUAAAAUUAAAUUCAUUAUUAGAAAAUUGAAAUUAGUGUGUUAGUAAUAAGGAUUCCUGUACACACAAAAAUAUAUAGUCAAUAAAGUAGAAAAGUUAAACCAUGGUAUAAGUAAUAUUACAGUAUUAUUUUAAUAAUCUACUUUAUUGAGUGUUUAGGCAACUAAUAGUGAAGUUUUUAGACGUUGUAAAGGCACCCCCAGGGGACCAUUCAACCGCUGUCAAAAUCUCAAACAUAUAGAGUUUAAAUUCGACACUCAGCGGGUAAAAGAUCGCCUGGGGGCGCCCCCACAACGUCUAUAAACUCCACUUCUUUAUAAACCAAUAAAAAUGCACCCAUAAAGAAUACGAAAUUCUAAUCAAACGAUUAAAAUAAAAGACUUACCUAUACCAGCCUUAAAAAGUAAUGCAAUAAUAUGUAGUUUCAACUGUUUUUAAAAUCGUAUCUUUUCGCUCGCGACUUGCAUUACAAUGUGCAGAGCAUAAUAUACUCAGAGGCACAGUUAUCCGCCCACUUUAAUAUGAAGCGAGUAUAUUGAAAUGGGCGGAUUGUGCCUCUGACUAUAUUUACAAUUCUACUGAUAGGUAUAUGGUUUAUAUUAUAUUUAGAUUCUCAAUUAGUUUUCAAUCACAAGUAUAUUAAAUGUACAGACACGGGCCGUAACAGUUUUAUAUUACUAUAUAGAUAGUGUAGAUUAAAUAUAUUAUGAACUCUACUGUGAGUAUAAUUGGGGCAUAGUUUAAAAAUGGCGAUAUUAUGUUGACGAGUUCAAAGGUCGUGAGUCUCGUGUUUAUCAAUAAAAAAGGCCUUUGUAAAAUACGUAUUUCGAAACUGUAAAGAGGUAACAGAUAUUGUUAAAAAAAUAAAAGUACCAUUAAUAUUUUUAUGUACAUAAAUUAGAUAAAUUGUCAUAAUGUGCAAUGCCGAGGGGGAACAAAAAUCUUUUUCUUUUUUUUCUGAUAACUUAGUCACUGGCAGUUGAUCACAAAAACUCUGAGGCGAAGACCAGACAAAAGCGACGCAACUAUAGGCAAAGUUGUCUUUCGGCCCCUGCGAGGCCGAGAUCUCCUUUAGAGCUAUUUUAUAUUUUUGUUAGAGUUUUUUAUACCAUGAUUACUAUUCUUCAAGAUGAAAAACCACUUUUACUUCCUAAUUUUAAACAAAAUUAAACAUUUUGCUCCACUGAUAUAGAACACUUGCUAGAAGUUAUACAUUCUUGUGAUUGGUUGCACGCAAAAUACGUCACCAUGAGCGCUACGACCAAAAAGCACGAAAAGCUGCCGCAGACUUACAAUUGAAAGUUGGCCCACUAAAUCGCAGAGUAUACUAACAGGUAUAGCGAUAAUAAUAUAUUUACCCUCACAUCUUCUCAAACUAAAUCGUCCAAGUAUAGUAAAUAGUUAGCUUUACAUUGGACACCGAUCGCAUCAGAAAUUAUGUACAAUUGAAAAGUUGUCCAACGAAAUUGUAUAUGUUUGCAAUUUAUUUGUUCGAUAGUCGGCCAACUAAGAAUUGUAAGUGAGCGGGUGCUCUUAGAGCUCCCACAGACAUACAAUUAUAAGUUGACCGACGAACGACGAAAUUGCAGACGAAAUAAAUUAGUUUGGACAACUUUUUGAUUGUGCGUAAUCGGUAGUGAAUCGUGGCUGUGAUGCUAUAUCGGUGUCCAAUUUAGUUGGAAAAAUAUGUGCGGGCUAACAUAUAACGUGUUAAUACUCUGCGAUUUAGUCGGCCAAUUGACAAUUGUAAGUCUGCGGGAGCUCUUAAUGCAUUGUGGUCGUAGCGCCCACAUUAACGUAACCAAUCACAAUAAUGUAUAACUUCAAGCAAAUGAUUUAUAUCAAUAAAGCAGAAUGUUUAAAUUUUGUUUAAAAUUAGGAAGAAAAGGUGGUUUUUCACCAUGAAGAAUAGUAAACUAUCACGGUAUAAAAACUGUAACAAAAAUAUAAAAUAGCUAUAACGGUAAAAGGACUUGUGACUUGCAAUUCGCUCGGAAAACUUGCUUCUUUGUCUGGCCUUCAGAUAAAAUACAGAUUGUUAUUAUUUUUUUGUAAAUAAUUUAGGAGCAGAAUGGAAAGCAAACGCUAGCUCAUGCGAGCAGAAUAUAGCAAUAAACUAAAUUAGCUUUAGAUUUGAUAUGUCCAAAUCCCAGUAUCCAAAAAAAACCACUUUAUCAUUUAUAUGACACAGCAUAAAAUCUUUUUACAUACUAUGUUCAUGAAGUUGAAAUUAAAAAAAUAAGUUAAUAGUUUCACUCAAAACUACAAAUUACACUUGCGGGAAAUAAAAUUAAAUUUAGAGGUAUAAACAAAUUGCAUCGCUAUUAUUUAUAUUUUUUAUUACACUAUGUAUUUAUUUUUUAAAUAAUAAUAAUAAUAAUUGAAAUUUUACACAAAAUUUAAGUUUUUACCAUUGAACAUUAAUACAAUUGAUUAGGUACUAUUUUUGAAAAUCGUCCCUCAUCCCAACUUGCAUCGAUAACGAGGACAUCAAAGUUUGUCACUUCAGUUGCUUAAUACGUAAAUACUUAAAUGAUUUAACAGGCUUCGUAACGUAACGCGUUACAACGCCACUCUGUGUAGCUUCCCUUUUUCUCGCGCAUAUGGCAGCAGGUUUAAGUUAUCAUUUAUGUCGAGCAUCCCGAGAAGCCUUUUUUUUACCUUACUUUAUAGCUACCACUAUCUAGAAUUUAUGUUAAUAAAAAAGUUGGAUGUGGCGUCUCAUUAAGGCGAAGCUCACCGAAAACUAACUCUAUAGUAAUCAAUUGUAAUAAUGUUUCCCAGAUUCUUGUACUAUUACUAUAAGUCAAAUACUGCAUCGUAUUAAAUAACUUUGCCGCUUUAAGUGUGCUUUUCGAAUAUUCACGCAUUCACUAAUGGUCUUAUAUCAAUUUUACUAUUAUUUUUAAUUUUGAUUAUUGCUCACUUUUAGCGGCAAAAUUAAGGUCACUGCAUACGUAACGGGGUUACGACGUCGAUAGGGUGGAGAUGGGACGUGAUAUUGUAUUAUAGACACCAAUGAAACGGAAUUUCCAAAAAAUCCCUUCCUGUCCGAAAUAAAGUACGUUACGUAUGCAGCAACUUGAGGGCUUAUUAUGUAUCUUGGUGUACCAAUCAAUGAGUCACUAUAUCGUUUUUUAUUGUAUUUUCGUUUUUGUUAUCAUCUAACUUAGUUAAGUCAACGAAAUGACCUUGACUGCGCCAUUUCACAUCAAGUGGCAGUGAUUUUUUGUUUUUCCAAUAGUCUAACAUGAUUAUUUUAACGAAAUUACGUAAAUAAUGGUUUUUCGCUGAAAUAAACUUACUAUUUGCUACUAUCACUACUACGAGUAUACUAAUGACACAUUACGUAAAAUGACGAUAAUUGUGCCAUUUCAUUAAAACACAAUGUUCGAUUAUACCGAUGAAAAUACGAUGAAAAACGAUAUAGUAAUUGAUUAUUUGAAUGAUACACCGAGAUACAUAAUAACCCUGGUGACGUGCAAAUAAUGCUUAAUUUGACGCGAAUUGUAGUUGGACUUUAUUUGAAUCUUGCGGCCUUCUGAGUCGAUUCUUUUGCGCGAAAAUUGCACUUUAAUACCAUCAUUUUCAAAUUACUUUAAAACUAAAAAUAUUAUGCAAGAAUCCAAAAAAUAUUAUGCAGGAAUUGAUAAAUCAUGUUUCAUUGUCAAACAUAUGAUUUUUUUUUUAGUUUUUAUAUAUUUUGAGAACUAACAAUGAUGGUAUUAACGUGUAAAACACUAUAUUACUAAUAGUGAAAGUAUUAACUGAAGACUCAAAUAUUUUGCCCUACAAAAAUAGUAAAAAGAUUUUUUUUUUAUACUGUUAAUUAUUUAAUUAAUUAUUUUAACGAACGAUAAUAAUAAUCUUACAUCACAAUUUAUUCUUAAAUUAAAAAAGAGAUGUUUGUUUGUUUUUAUUUAUUUACGGUGGCAAUUUGACGUUUAUGUUUUAACCAUUUUUUUUAGAUUAAAUGUUAUUGUGCUAUUUAUCUUAUCAACAGCCAAUUGGAUGAUUUUAUUUUUAUACGUGUAAAACGAGCCUCAAAACAAAACCUUGUAAGCGAUCUAUUAACUCUUCAAUUCCCAGUGUCACCUGGAGGUGACAGACGUUUAAUAUUUUUUUUCUACCAGAAGGAGAUAUUAUUUUUCAAAUUUAAUAUUAUUGUUUCGAAGCCAAUAUGUAACAUUAUCAAUUAUUUUUUUUUGAUAACACUAGCAAUAUGUCAUGUGUCAAAUUUAUUCAGUUGUUUAGCGCGAAAUUGAAGGAGUCUGAGUUUGUGUGAUCUCUUGCGAUAUAAAGUGAAAUAUAAAUGCCUAGACCGUAAGUAUUGUUUUUUUACUUAUUACAUGUAAUAAACGAAUAAAUAAGCUGUAGUAGAAAUGUUUCUUAUUCUAAAAAUAACUUAUAGCGUCAUUGUUACAACGUCGGAAGUAUGCAGUGUCACCUGUAGGUGACACUGGGCAUUGCAAUAACAAAUUGUCCUGACUUCAUUCUAAGCAAAAACUUGUUACAUUUUGGCCUUAUCGCUAUGUGGUGAUGUUUUUUUUAUAACUUAUUACGUAUUACAGGUAGACCUUGGAUUAUAGUUGCAGGCAGAGGAGAACUGAGGAGAUAUUAUUUUAUUUUCUCCUUAUGAUGGUGUUGUUACAGGUGAAGAUAGAGGGAAGAAACGAAGCUAAUAUUAUACAUCUCCCCAGUUGCAUGCUUCGCUCUCAUGUUGUAAUACAAAAUAUACUUUACUAUUAUUCCGAGUAGUUACGAGAGCAAAAUGUUGGGGUACGGGUACUGGUCGGGAAAAUCGUCUGGACUACUGCAAUUCAUAAAACUUCAGAACGAGAGAAAGAGCUAGGCUCUUCCUUACGACAAGCUUCUGAAGAACAUAUUGUAGCUAAGUAGCAAGACAACAGCAUGACUUAGUUUGCUUUAAGCUUAGAUGCAGCUUGUCAAAUGAAUGUCUGAACUGAGAUAAGAGAUGGUCAAAAAACAACUAGCCUUACUAAGUUUUCCGGUGAAAUGUUGCUACUUGCAAAAAUGUGACAAGCCUUCGAUCGGCAAUUUGUGAAUCUACCUCUGCAGAUGAUGCUGAAAGUCCCUACUGAGGUUAGGAGCGCUGGAAGAGCUGACGACCACUCGCAAAUCGACACUCAAAGAAGAUGCGUAUAUACAAACCACCACACUAUAAAAUGUAUCCCAAUGCAAUAUCGGUUUGCAUAUAGUGUUGGUGCAGCUUUCACAGUAAAUGAGUGUUCUAUUUGUUUACAUAUUUAUUAUACACAUUAUUAUAGAAUCUGUCAUUUCAUUCCUACUGUAAGAAUAAGAAAAAUGUUGUUUCCUAUAAGUAUAGUCUCAAGUAUACUUAUAGGAAACAACAAUGCCUCAAUGCCCAGUGUCACCUGUGGGUGACACGCCCAUAAAAAAAAAUGGGGGUAGUUCAUUUACAUUUUAUUUAUUUUUUUGUAAUAACUAAGUGUUUGUAAGCUAUGUUAUCCAAAGAAAAACGAAAAAUCUAUAUUAGCCUUGACAUGGGAAUUGAAGAGUUAAUUCCAUUGAUACAAUAAAAUUGGCUAUUUAUGAAAAUAAAAAAAUUAUGUACAUAUUUUAAUUUCUAUACCACAUAAUAUACCCCUACUUUUAUUAAAGCUAAGUUUCAAAUGAAAUUGACGUGAAAAGUUUUUAAUUUUUCCAAAAUUAUCACAGCAGUGCACCUUUGAUGGCCUCCGUGUAGCAGUGGUUUGCGCGGUGGAUUUACAAGACAGAGGGCUUGGGUUCGAUCCCCGGCUGAGCCGAUUGAGAUUUUCUUAAUUGGUCCAGGUCUAGCUAGCUGGUGGGAGGCUUCGGCCGUAGCCAAUUUCCACCCUACCGGCAAAGACGUAGGUACCGCUAAACGAUUUAGCGUGUUGGGUAGAAACCGAUAGGGGUGUGGAUUUUCAUCCUGCUCCUAACAAGUUAGCCCACUUCCAUAUUAGAUUGCAUCACCACUUACCAUCAGGUGAGAUUGUAGUCUUGUAAAGAAUAAAAAAAAACCUUACUCCGUCCUAUGAAUGACAUCACAACCUGAAGUUAUUGUAAGGGUACCAAGAUCUCGUAGUUAUUGAAUGUUUUACUGCGUUUCCUAAACGAUUUUAUUAUUAUAAACUAUUAAAAAUAAUGGCUCUUACUGGAUUUUGAUUUGGGGCAAUAUACAGGGUGCUCGGGAGUAUUUCCCAUAACUCUGGGGUUAUAAUCUUUAUCAAAAAUUAAUUAAAAAUGUUCGAGGAACAUGUGUUCUAAAAUUAAUAUUUUCGGGGUAUAUAAUAUUUCUUUUGUAAAUAGAUCUUAAAUUGAGUCCCAUAAACGCAUCCUUACAAUUAUGACGUAGCCAAGUUUGACGUACUUCAAAAUGUAAAGAUAGAUAAAGGCGUGUGUUACAUGGAUAGUCGGAAUUAGUUGAAUUACUUUGUAUGAAAACAUAAAAAGUUUUCAUUUUUUAGUUAAAAGAAUAUCAGUUAUGCAGUUCGGCUCCUUUGUGUGGACUCGUCAACACCUUGAAGUUAUGGGAAAUACUCCCGAGCACCCUGUAUAUUAUUAGAAGGACCUGACAAUCGCAAGUAUAAUGUUUAGUGCCAGAUAGUAAAAGAUACAGUCUAACAUUGAUAUAGCUUCACCAUUAAACAGUAGAUGUGCAGUGGUCUAUGACUAUGGCGUGCACAAAGUUUUUAACUAGGGUAUGAACUAUAAGUAAAUACAAACUCUACAAAAUGGAAAAUUCCUUAUAAACAGAUUUGUAAUGAUUUCUGGAUAUUCAUUAUUGCAUAUAUGAAGUGCACUGUCGAUGUUAGAUGGGAUCUAAGACAAGUUAUAGCAAAUGUGUCAACAUAUAAGAAGGUACAUGUGUACCUACUCGUAAAUUUUGGAGUACCCACUUUAUAUACCACAUUCCUAAAGCGGCCUUUUGUAUAUCAAAAAAAACACUGAUUAUAAAAGAAUGAUCUUUAGAUUUUAAGUUUCGAUUGCCAUUAGGUGAUACAAUGAACAAAAAUGGUAUAUAUUAUUUUUCUUUUCAGAAUAAGUACAUUCAGUACCUAUAAGAUAUUUUCUAUAAUUAUAUUGGGUUGUAUGCUUCGAUCACUUAUAAAACUAGAAACACAUUACAAAAUGGCUCCCGAGAGUAUUUAGUACUAUACCUAGUUAAGUGAUGUUAAAUUAAACAUUAGAUUACUGCAAAUUCAACCUACAUAGGUUAAAUUAACCUUGAAAGUUGCUGGCUUAAAAACUGGUUACAAAAAUAUUUCAUUUCUAUAAUUGAUUAAAAAUUACAUACCACUACAUAUUACGUAUGAAAUUUCAGUAUAAACUUGCUAAAAUAUGAACCUUCAUCUUUUACUCUUAGAUUAUAUAUAAUGAUUUUGCAUGUUUUUUUAAAGAAACAAAUAUUAUGGUAGUUAAAGAACACUUUAAGAAAAAAUUCUUAUACCUAAUCUCCUAGCCAAAGGUGUUUUACCUAAGCUGCGUUAUCGCUUAUCUUAGGGCGCUUUGCAGUCAGUCGCUAGCAAAAACGUGUCUAUUAAAUAAUAUCUAUCUAUGGAAAAGAAACACUUAAGGGUGGUUCCUUUUUGUCACCGAUUGUGAAUUUAGUUGUUUAUAAGUGCUCGAAGGUUGUAUAGUUUUAUUUUAUUUAUAAGCCGAGAAAAAUACGUAGUUCUUACGCAUUUGUAAUGAAUAUUGUAAAAUACAAGGUUCUGUCAGUUAAUAAUAUUAAUAAUUAAUGAGGAACUUUAUUUAUUUUGUGCUAACAAGACAGGACUACUCAGAUUUGUUUGACAAUUUUUCAUUAUUUGAAUCAUAAUAAAUGGCAAAUUUAUCAA